GUCCCUUGACGAGCGCCCUCUCUCUCUCUCUCUCUCUCUCUCUCUCUCUGAGAGAGCUGAAGCAUAAAUGAGCCCAGUUCUCUUCUUCCUCUAAUGGCCCAACCCCCUCAGCCCUCCUCCAAGCAAAAACCCAUAUCCCCUUUCUCUCUCUAGAUCAUGAACUCCUUCUCUCUCCUCUCCCUCCUCCUCCUCCCCCCUCUCCUUUGUCUCUCUCAGCCCCUCAACCCCGACCAACUCGGCCUCCUCGUCUUCAAGUCCUCCCUCGUGGACCCCACCUCGUCCCUCUCCUCGUGGUCCCAGCGACUCCGACGACCCGGCAAACUGGGCGCCACUACCAAUGCGACCCCGAAUCCAGCCGCGUUCACCUCCCUCAACCUCUCCUCCCUCAACCUCUCCGGCGAGCUCGGCCGCGGCCUCCUCAACGUCCGGUGCCUCCAAACCCUCUCCCUCUCCGACAACAACCUCACUGGGCCUCUGAACCCGAGCCUAGCCCAGCUCCCAAAUCUCACCCGCAUCGAUUUCAGCCGCAAUGGGCUCAGUGGAGGGAUACCCAUCUCGUUUUUCUCACAAUGUGGCGGCUUGAUCGACGUUUCCUUGGCGGGAAACUCGUUCUCCUGUGAGAGCCUUGUGAGCUUGAACCUCUCUUCGAAUCGGCUCUCGGGGUCGAUCCCUGAUGAGAUUUCGGGCUUGAAGAGGCUUAAGAGCCUUGACCUCUCGAGUAAUUCGAUGAGCGGGGAGGUUCCUGAAUCAAUGUGGGAGGUUCGGAGUUUGAGGACUUUGAAUUUGGGGUCGAAUUUGUUCAGUGGGGAAGUAUCAGAUUCGAUUGGAGAGAUGAAAUUGUUGAGGCUUUUGGAUAUGUCUGAAAAUAGGCUUAAUGGGUCGGUUCCGGAUUCGAUUGGGAACCUGAAACUCUUACAAAGAUUGAAUUUUUCUGGAAAUUGGCUUGUGGGGAGCUUGCCCGAGUCAAUGAGGAACUGCAGCAAUCUGUUAGAGGUGGAUUUUAGUAGGAAUUUUUUGAUGGGUGCUCUUCCUUCAUGGGUUUCUGAACUGGGUCUGCAGAAGAUUUUGAUCUCAGGGAAUAAACUGAGAGGCAACAUUCGGUUUUCUACAUUUGAGAAUCGGUCACUUUUGGAACUGGAUUUAUCUGGGAAUCAAUUUUUUGGCGAGAUUCCAAUGGACAUUGGAAAACUACGGGUAUUGAGGCUGCUGAAUUUGUCAGGGAAUUCGUUUUCGGGUCCGAUUCCGAUGAGUUUGGGGGAGUUGAAGUCAGUGGAAGUGGUGGAUUUGGGUGCUAAUAGAUUGAAUGGGAGCAUUUUAUCUGAGAUUGCAGGAGCUGUUUCAUUGAAGGAGUUGAGGCUGGAGAAGAACUUUCUCAGUGGGGAAAUCCCAAGCCAGAUUGGGAACUGCUCUUCUCUCACUUCUUUGAUACUGUCACACAACAAUCUCACAGGCCCUAUCCCCCUCUCCAUAACCAACCUCGUCGACCUUCAAAAUAUAGACCUCUCCUUCAACAACCUCAAAGGUUCCCUCCCAAAUAAACUCUCCAACCUCCCUCAUCUCCUCUCCUUCAACAUCUCCUACAAUCUCUUCUUUGGCCCUAUCCCUUCUGGAAACUUCUUCGACACCAUCCCCACCUCCUCCCUCUCAAACAACCCCGGCCUCUGUGGCUCAAUUGUCAACCGCUCAUGUGCAUCCGUCCCUAAACCUCUUGUCCUAAACCCUAACUCAACCUCCCUGAAUGUCCAUCCAAGCCCAUCCCUAACUUCCCCUAACUUCCAUCACAAAAAAGUCAUCCUAAGCAUCUCGGCAAUCAUCGCCAUUGGCGCUGCUGCUCUCAUUGCCCUUGGCGUCGUCACCAUCACCAUCCUAAAUCUCCAUGCUCGCUCUUACUCUAGUUCACCUUCUCAAGUUGCAUUGACUCUCUACAAUGAUUUCUCCAGUGGAUCUCCAACAACUUCUGCAGCGGCCACUAACUCUGGCAAGCUUGUCAUGUUCUCUGGCGAAAACCCCGAUUUUCCCUCCGGAGCUCAUGCUAUACUCAACAAGGAGUCUGAGCUUGGGCGUGGUGGUUUUGGCAUAGUUUACAAGACAGUUCUUGGAGAUGGCCGUCCCGUGGCUAUCAAGAAGCUUGCUGUAUCGAGUUUAGUAAAAUCUCGAGAAGAAUUCAAGAAUGAAAUCAAGAAGCUUGGCAGAAUCCGACACCAAAAUCUCGUGCACCUCCAAGGAUACUACUGGACUCAAUCAUUGCAGCUUCUAAUCUACGAGUUUGUCUCUGGUGAGACCUUGCACAAAGCUCUCCACGAGAGCUCUGUUGAUGAUACCCUUUCUUGGGGUGAACGAUUUGAUAUAAUUCUCGGCAUUGCCAAGAGCCUCGCUCACUUACAUUGCCAUAAUAUAAUUCACUACAAUCUAAAGUCAAGCAAUGUUAUAAUCGACGGUUCUGGUGAGCCAAAAGUCGGGGAUUAUGGACUUGCGAGGCUAUUGCCAAUGCUAGACCGAUAUGUGUUGAGUAGCAAGAUUCAGAGUGCAUUAGGUUACAUGGCGCCGGAAUUUUCAUGCCAAACUGUGAAAAUUACGGAAAAAUGCGACGUUUAUGGAUUUGGAGUUCUUGUGCUAGAAAUAGUAACGGGAAGAAGGCCGGUGGAGUAUAUGGAAGAUGAUGUGGUCGUUUUGUGUGAUGUCGUGAGGGGAUUUGUUGAGGGAGGGAGAGCCGAGGAUUGUGUUGAUGAGAGACUAGAAAGGAGGUUUUCGGUUGAGGAGGUUGUGCCGGUGGUGAAGUUAGGGUUGAUUUGUACGUCGCAGGUGCCAUCGAGUCGACCUGAGAUGGAUGAGGUUGUGAAGAUCUUGGAGUUGAUCAGGUGCCCUGAUCAGGACGAGUUGAGUUCAGGUUGAUUCUAUUUUUCUCCUUUGAUUUUUUCUUCUUUUCGGUUUUUAUUUUAAAGAGUUGACAAAUGUUGAAGAGAGAUUAGGGGAAUGGGUGAAGUGGAGAUGUUGGCUUGAUAAGCAGAAGGAAAAGGUGUAGGUUAAAGUAUUAGCAAAAUGAAGUAUUUUGAUGUGAUCAUUGGUCCAUGAUUUCGAGUUUUUGGGAGAAAAGGGUGUUUGAGUAACCUUUCUACUCAUGGAAGUGUUGUGUUUUUGCUGGCUUCAGUUUUAUCAGGUUAUUUGCACUUUGCAGCCCUAUGGAGAAUUGCAAUGAGUACAUGUUUCGCUUAGGUGCUAAACUUUUCUCUGCCCCUUGGUGGUUUACUUCACCAAAUAUGUUGGUUCACAGAGGAAGAAGAUGUCAUAUGACACACGAGUGUAAUCUUCUUUAGCCCCUCCAUUUUAUUUUUCUUUUUUC